CAUAUUCUUUACCAAUGCACUCAAUACUCUGGUGGUAAAGGAUGCGGCAGCUUGUAGUCGUAUACAUCUUGGAUCAUUCCCUAUGUACAUGCACUUAUGGACUUGUUUCUCCCAACCCCCUCGUCUGGAAAACAACAACACAAUACGUAUAAUAGCCAUCUACUGUAUUUACCUGAGUCUCGCCCAAAGACACAGUGCCAACUUGUUUUUGUUCUCCAUGGAUAUACCUGUGUGUCUGCAUCACGCACGCACUGUGGAAGUCGGGCCUGCCCACCAUUCGCGCGACAUGCUCAUCUGCCAGCAAACCGACCAAAAACCCCUAAACCCUGUCACGCAUCAUACUGCUUGCUUUUUAUCUUGCAUGUAAGCACCAGAUUUGUUGACGCAGAUCGUCGGUGGUCGUAACCCUGCCAAGCGUUUGCGGUACGAUCACUGGGCCUAGGCCGAUGACGUAGGGCGGCACGAUUCUUGCUGAAUGAACGCAGAUGAGAUGAGAUCACUGCCCGCGCCCUAUAUAAGUCCAGUCCUAAUUCGGCAAACUAUCGAAACUACAGCAUCAUCCCAAAGCACUUUGAAUAUUCUCAAGAACUGCUCUUCACAUUCUUGCCUCUAUUCUUUUUUGUUUGUCAAACAAGUCACAUAUCAACAUGGCCGACCAGAACCAGCCCAAGACCUACAAGCAGCAAGCCGGGGAAUACUACAACCGCCAGUACGAUAACUGGGUCCCAUGGAUCGAGGACAAAUACCUCCAGUGGUUCACCAAAGACAACAAGGCUUCUUAUGCCACAAAACAACAACUCGACAAGACCAAGGUCACCGGCGUCGAUCAAGUGGACAACCUCCAAGACGGCGUUAACAAUCUCGUCGGCGGUCAAGUCGGCAAGGGCGGGCUAGCCCAACCUGUUGGCGAUGCGUUCUCCAAAGAGGGCAUCAACCGCGCAGAACGGGGCGGAAAGGACGAACAAGGACGACCCAUCGAGAGCCAAGGGCCAUUGGGAGGAUAUGGCCAAGGGGCUGUGGAUGGUGUCAAGGGAGCAGGCAGCGGCAUUGCUGGCGGAGCAAAGAACGUUGGCGGAUCUGUUUCCAACCUUUGGGGAGGAGGCGAUAAGAAAUAA